AUGAGGCUCUUCCUCGGGCUCCUGGCCUUGGCCAUGUCCUUCUGGACAGCCUGGGCCCAUGAAGUCGCCAUUGAUAAUUCAGAUGCCAAUCGCCAGUAUUGCUCUGGCAUGUACAGCCGGCAAACAUGGGGCGGGCCUGUCGACCCAUUUAUACUUGUCAAGUUUCUCAACUCGAGUAUACCUGAAGGCACCGAUCCCAUCGUGAGCUUGAUCAUCUUUCAGUGGCGAGACAAGAACUUUGUUGGCAUCCCCGAUCCCAACACCAAUGGAAGACAAUUGCCCAUUUGUACCGACGAAUUCGUUAAGUCAGGUCACUGCAACACAACUGACAUCGGCGAGUUCAUUAUUUCUCCUAAUGCCACCGAAAAGUCCAACGCUCUCAUCUUGACCAAGGCUAUCCACCUCAAGGAUCCUGCUCCAAUUCACUAUUCUCUCAAGAAAACAGGCUAUUAUUGCGUUGUGACCGAAGGCUACACUGUCGACAACUACAAGGCUGUUGUGGCGUUCCGAAACGCGUAUGGUGAACUGCAGGCAACCCAGAUCCCCAAACUCCCCUUCUACGGUGCCAUGUCUAUUAUCUAUGCGCUAAUGGCGGGAUACUGGGGGUUCCUUUACUACCAGCAUCGUCAUGAUAUCUUGGCGGUCCAAAACUAUAUAACAGCAAUUUUGGUCUUUUUGGUAGUGGAAAUGCUCAUUACUUGGGGCUAUUAUGAUUUUCAAAACAACGGGGGCUCGGGUGUGGCAUCCAAGGCUUUUUUGAUCAUAGUGGGCAUUCUCAAUGCUGCACGCAACUCAUUUUCAUUCUUCCUUUUGCUCAUCGUGUGCAUGGGUUAUGGUGUAGUUAAGCCAACCCUCGGCCGCACCAUGAUAUACGUGCGGUGGCUCGCAGCCGCUCACUUCGUCUUUGGCCUGGUCUAUUCCAUCACCAGUCUUAUCGUUUCACCCGAAAGUGCCGGUCCGUUUGUGCUGCUCAUCGUCUUACCCUUAGCCGGAACUCUUACAGCCUUUUAUGUGUGGACGCUUAACUCUCUCAACUUCACGCUUAAAGAUCUUCGAGAACGAAAGCAGCAUGUAAAGGAGGGCAUGUACAGGAAGCUUUGGUGGUCUAUCCUCAUUAGCAUCAUCGUUAUCUUUGCAUUCUUCUUCUUCACCAGCUUUACCUUCGCCUCCGUCAACGACCCUGACUUUGUUCCGAACCAUUGGAAGACUCGGUGGUUCAUAUUGGAUGGCUGGCUCAACAUCGUCUACUUUGCAGAUGUUGCCUUCAUUGCGUACGUAUGGCGUCCUACCGCCAAUAAUCGCCGCUUUGCCAUGAGUGACGAGAUUGCUCAAGAUGAUGAUGGAAACUUCGAAAUCGGGGAUAUUGGCGUCCCCGAUGAUUGGGAUGACGAUGAAGAGGCUGCUCACCCUGGCAAGCAUUCGCCGCAUCCACCGCCCGUUACAGGAAUCACGAGUUCUGCGUCGGCGCAGCCAAAUGGCCAUCAUCAGAACCCCACGCGAAGCAUUCCCAGGGAGUCCAUCGACGGGGAGACUAUCUUUGCGGUGGGCGAGGAUGGCGACAAAUUCUCAGAUGAUGGGAGUGACGAGGAAAAUACCAAGCUUGUAACAAAAUAA